GGUGGGGGAGACUGGGGACUGACAAGUUGACUUCCUGAGGCUGAGGCUGGAUGUUGUAAUCCUGGUUCACAAACUUUUGGCCUCAGUCCCUCCUGUGGCUUUUGAUAUUCCUCCGUCCCUUCACUUCCCAAUACACUCGUGCGCGCGUGCACACACACACACAUGCACGCACACAAACACAAACACACACGUCGUGUUCUGGCUGGGAGUCCCAGGACGACUCAGAUGGGAUUCUGAGCUGGAGGAACAAGAGGAGGAGAGGAAGUGGAGGCCAAUUUUCUUUUCAGUUCUUGACCCUCUCGGCAGUCUUCUAAGUGGCUUCCCCGGGACUGUCCUGGGGGCCUGAGGCACAGAGUCAAGCUACCACGGCGGCCAGGAUUUGGGACCAAGGUGAGCAAGAAGUGGAGGGGCUGGAUCUGUCUUCCCGGUCUCUGAGAGCUGCCCUGGAGGGGCUGGAGAGGAGACUUAAAGCCCAGAGAGGAGGUGUGACUUGCUUAAGGUCACACAGCAAGUUAGAGACCCAGCUCCAUCACUUACUGUCUUGGCUUCACCUCUCUCACCAUCCUGCCCCAGCCCGGCGGCCUCCCAGUCCACUCCGUGGCUAUGGAUGGAAAAGUGGCAGUUGAGGAGAAUGGGCCUCCUGUGGUCUCCUGUGUCCCUGAGGAGGGAGAGAAGUUGGACCAGGAAGGCGAGGAGCAGGUGAAGGAGCGGGGCCAAUGGACCAACAAGAUGGAGUUUGUGCUGUCAGUGGCCGGGGAGAUCAUUGGGCUGGGCAAUGUCUGGAGGUUUCCCUAUCUCUGCUACAAAAACGGAGGUGCCCCUACCUCUCCCCUCUCCGCAGGAGCCUUCUUCAUCCCCUACUUCAUCUUCUUCCUCACCUGCGGCAUCCCAGUAUUCUUCCUGGAGGUGGCGCUGGGCCAGUACACCAGCCAAGGAAGCGUCACAGCCUGGAGGAAGAUCUGCCCCCUCUUCCAGGGCAUUGGUCUGGCGUCUGUGGUCAUUGAGUCCUAUUUGAAUGUCUACUACAUCAUCAUCCUCGCCUGGGCCCUCUUCUACCUGUUCAGCUCCUUCACCUCUGAGCUGCCCUGGACAACCUGUAGCAAUUCCUGGAACACAGAGCGCUGCAUGGACUUUCUGAACCACUCGGGAGCUGGCACGGUGGCCCACACCGAGAACUUCUCCUCGCCUGUCAUGGAAUUCUGGGAGAGACGGGUCCUGGGCAUCACCUCGGGCAUCCAUGACCUGGGGGCCCUGCGCUGGGAGCUGGCCCUGUGCCUCCUGCUCGCCUGGGUCAUCUGUUACUUCUGCAUCUGGAAGGGGGUCAAGUCCACAGGCAAGGUUGUUUAUUUCACAGCCACGUUCCCCUACCUGAUGCUCAUCAUCCUGCUGGUCCGAGGCAUCACCCUUCCCGGAGCCUACGAGGGCAUCAUCUAUUACCUGAAGCCAGAUUUGCUUCGCCUCAAGGACCCCCAGGUGUGGAUGGAUGCGGGCACCCAGAUCUUCUUCUCCUUUGCCAUCUGCCAGGGGUGCCUGACGGCCCUGGGCAGCUACAAUAAGUACCACAACAACUGCUACAGGGACUGUAUUGCCCUCUGCUUCCUGAACAGCGGCACCAGCUUCGUGGCAGGCUUUGUGGUCUUCUCCAUCCUGGGCUUUAUGUCCCAAGAGCAGGGUGUGCCCAUUUCUGAGGUGGCCGAGUCAGGUCCUGGCCUGGCCUUCAUCGCAUUCCCCAAGGCCGUGACUAUGAUGCCCUUAUCCCAGCUCUGGUCCUGCCUUUUCUUCAUCAUGCUCAUAUUCCUAGGCCUGGACAGCCAGUUUGUCUGUGUGGAGUGCCUGGUGACGGCCUCCGUGGACAUGUUCCCCAGGCAGCUCCGGAGGAGUGGGCGGCGUGAGCUCCUCAUCCUCACCAUCGCUGUCGUGUGCUACCUGAUAGGGCUCUUGCUGGUCACCGAGGGUGGGAUGUAUAUCUUCCAGCUGUUUGAUUAUUAUUCAUGCAGUGGCAUAUGCCUGCUCUUCCUUGCAAUGUUUGAAGUGAUCUGCAUCAGCUGGGUGUAUGGGGCGGACCGUUUCUAUGACAACAUCGAGGACAUGAUUGGGUACCGGCCAUGGCCCCUGGUGAAGAUCUCCUGGCUCUUCCUGACCCCUGGGCUUUGCCUGGCCACUUUCUUCUUCUCCCUGAGCAAGUACACACCGCUCAAAUACAACAACAUCUAUGUGUACCCUCCGUGGGGAUACUCCAUUGGCUGGUUCUUGGCUCUCUCCUCCAUGGUUUGCGUUCCACUCUUCAUCAUCAUCACCCUCCUGAAGACCCACGGUUCCUUCAAGAAGCGCCUGCGACAGCUCAUCGCCCCGGAUCCCAGCCUGCCCCAGCCCAGGAAGCAUCUUCACCUGGAUGGUUGUGGCCAGGACUGUGGCCCCUCCCCAACCAAGAAGGGCCUCCUAGCUAGGGAGAAGGAGACCCACUUGUAGGAUGUGGUUGGAGACUGGGUUGCUCCUGAACCAGGAACCUGGGUCAGGACUCCCCCUCGUCCCUCCUGGACAGCGUCUGCCUUUGUCCCCCACCACAGUCCUGAGAAACUGAGAUGUCUGUGGGCACCCCCAGCCAGAGGCCAGACUCCUCCUCUCCUCUCCUCAGCCUCAGCAGCUUCUUCUGGUGGCUAACGAGGCCACUGCUGGACUAUGCACGCUGUGAAGCAAUUCCCUGUCGGAUCACGCUAUCUUAUUUAUGAAGGGGGAUGGUUGUUUUGGAGUCUACCAUCUGAUCUUAACACAUUAUACUGUGAGGGAGCUCCCACUGUGGGAUGAUUCCCUUCGGCAUUUAUUAUAUUUGUACCUUGGUGGGAGCGGGUAUAGUUCUAAUUGGAAUACACCCCUUGAUCUGAUUUGGAGAUUCCCAUGGAACAUACCACAUUGGAUCUGAGAGUAGGCCAGGGCUGGUGAUGGAGGCCCUUCACUGGGAUUAACAUUCUGAAGAUUCCUGGGGAGGGAGCUACAGAAACAGGAGGCAAACCUUCACAUGCCAUCAUCCACUUGAGUUGUUUUGGAAGCACUCUCUCAAGCUGGUACCAGCUCCAGCCCUAGUUCCACACUCUUCUUCUUGCAGUAUUGUCAUCAACUCAUGGAGUGUUGGGAUAGAAAGGACUUAGAGAUGGUCCCUAGACUUUACAAACACAUGGCAUGCAUGCAUUUAUUCUCCAUGCCUAUGCCCAGGGCAGACAUUACUAAUUGACCACAGAUUCUUUCCCAAAUCACAGUCCUUCCAAACACAAUGCUCCAGGCAGCAACAUUUGCCAUUCUUGCAUUCACCCCUCAUUCCAUGGACUAGAAAACUGAAGACUGAAAAGACAGCAACUUUUUCAAGUUCUUUCUGCUUCUUAGGGCCAGAGGUAAUACUAGGAGACAAGAAGAGGUGGUCUCCUUGCUCUUAGGCCAGUGUUCUUCCAUCACACCCUCCAGCCUUGGUUAACAAGCAUGUAUGGACCAUCUCCCUCUGUGUGCUUGUCGUCUUUACCCUGUCCCAUGUCUUUUCCAUUACCCUGGCUUGGGGUGGAGGGAGGAGGUCCCUUUGUGGCGGGCGAGUGGCUCUCUCCAGAUUAGGGUCCCCCUUGGUAUUUCCUCUGCCACCCAUGCUCAU